AUGGGCGUUUUGGUCGGCACGUCUCUCAUUGUCAUUGUACCGGAGGGCGUAGAAACGCUGUAUAGCUCAAGUGGAGCUUCGCAUAGUCACGUUCAUCGAAGAGAUGCCAUCACGCACGCAAUCGAUGUACGGUGGAAUCACUCACCUCUGCCACAAUUACUACCCCGUGCCGAAGUAGAUGGUAGCCAUGCGGUGCCAGGACCUCCUCCCGCAGUGAAAGAACCCAACGAUAAGCCCAGUGACACAGGAAAACAGGGUUCAGAUGGAGAUAAAAACGAGCACGAACACGAAAGAACCACUGAGCAAGCGCCCAAGGAGAAAAAGGAAGAAAGCUCUCCCCAUGCUUGGAUUGGUGUGGGGCUGAUAAGCGGUUUUCUCUUGAUGUACCUGGUGGACCAAUUGCCCCAGUACGCGGCAUCAUCGUCUAAACAGCAAAACCGCCCGUACCACAUAUCUUUGGACAACCUUGGAUCCGGCCUUGGCCGAGCAGCCUCUCCGUCUCGAGGAGGAGGAGUGGGCAGUGGGGGAGGAAUAUUCGAUUUUGGGAACGGAGCAAGGCAAUCCCAGAGCUUCGCAACCACCACAGGGCUGGUAAUACACGCAGCAACCGAUGGAAUCGCCCUCGGCGCUUCGUCGUCAAAUACGAGUCUUAGCUUCAUCAUUUUCCUCGCUAUUAUGGUUCACAAGGCGCCGGCGUCUUUUGGCUUGACUUCUGUUCUGUUGAAGCAAGGAUUAUCUGUUCGAGCGGCCAGGGGUCAUCUAUUGGUCUUUAGCCUGGCUGCACCUGCUGGAGCCAUUGUAACAUGGCUCGUUGCCCAUACCAUUCUGGCAGGCCAUGAGAGCGACGAACAGGCUACCCGGUGGAGGACCGGGAUGCUACUCCUGUUUUCUGCAGGCACGUUUCUAUAUGUUGCCAUGCACACUAUGCAGGAGAAUAUCACGGAGGGAUCAAGACGGGAGGGCCCAGUAAAUGGGUACAAUGAAGGGAGAGAAUCAUCACAUCCCAAAAGAUCCAUUCGAGACCUAGUUGCGUCCAUCAUUGGAAUGAUCAUCCCUCUGUUCUUGCAGAUCGGCCAUGCAUGA